AUGUAUUGCCAGAAGUGUCGGACUCCACUGAAGCUUGAUAGCUCUUUGGAGGACCUCAAUCCUGCCGCCUUUGAUCUAUUAGUUGGUGCCUCCUCACAGCAACAACCCAAGAACAUCCCCUCCUCCCGACCCGCCUACCCUCAAGAACGAAAACAGCUCUACAACCGAGUCUCUCGAAAUGCAGGUCCCCCAACCUUCAAAAGGAAUACUUCAGCACCCCGUCGAACCGAAUCCUCCUUCUCCAGUAACCCAGGCAUGUCCUUCGUCAUGCUCACAGAAUCACAAGUCGUGCCACCAGCCGUUGUGAAAUCACCCGAAGAUACAAACCCCAAGCACAAGCGGCAAGAUGAUGGCCCAGGACCAGAAAUCACAGCAGAUGAAGGGAAGGCUAUGUCGCAAGAUAUGGAGCGAGCAUCAAGGCUAUUCGAAAUCCUCUCAGCACGAUCCGACAUCGAUCACCCCAUAUGUGUUGAAUGUACAGACCUGUUGGUAGCAGGCUUACAACGACGUCUAGAAGCAGCCACAAAAGAGAGGGACGCCUACGUCAGCUUCCUAAAACAAGUCAACGCCUCGAUCCCCACCGCGGAAGAAGUGCAAGAGUCCCAGGAUGCUUUGGCAAAAGCUCGAAAAGAAGAGGGGGCCGCUAUUGCAGAGCUCAAGAACCUUGAGAAAGAAAAGGCACAAGUUGACGAAGAGAUCGCACAACUAGAAGAAGAAGCUCGAGCUUUGGAUACCGAAGAAGAGGAUUUCUGGCGCGAGCGGAACGCCUUCGCCAUGAAGCUCGCAGAGUUCCAGAAUGUAAGGGAUAGCAUAAACCAGCAAUACGACCACGACACGCAACUUCUUGAAAAACUGCAACGAACAAACGUCUACAACGACACCUUCUGCAUCUCGCACGAUGGGAAAUUCGGAACUAUAAACGGGCUCCGUCUAGGAAGAUUAUCUAACGUGCCCGUCGACUGGCCCGAGAUAAACGCCGCCUGGGGCCACGCCCUCCUCCUCCUGCAAACAGUCGCCGACAGACUAGGCUACAAAUUCGUCGGUUACGAGCUCCAGCCCAUGGGCUCAACUUCCCGCAUCAUCCGCCACGAAGUGCCUCCCUCCCCCUCAACCUCCCGUACAGGAUCCGUCCGCUCCACCCGCCCCCCCAAGAAAUCGAUUCUCGAGCUCUAUUCAUCAGGCGACAUGCCCCUCGGCUUAACAUUCAUGCACCGCCGCUUCGACAUUGCCAUGGAAGCCUUCCUUGAGUGCAUGAGACAGCUCGGUUCCUUCGUCGAACAGGAAUCUGCUCGAACCUCGGAAACUGGGAGGGGACUGGCGCUACCGUAUAAGAUCGAAGGCGAGAAGAUCGGGGACGUGAGUAUUAAAUUGGGCAUUGCGCAAGAUGAUGCGUGGAGCAGGGCGUGCAAGUUUACGUUGACUUGCUGUAAGUUCUUGUUGGCGCAUGCGAGUAAUGUUAAUGCGGCUGCUGGGAGAAGGAGUGUUUGA